AUGUCGGGGAAGGUGAACGCGUACAUAGCCUUUUCUUGCCUCAAUGCAGUGACUGCGUUUUUCGUGGCGUGGCUGAUGCACAUUCGUAUUAAGUCCUUUGCUAUUGUGGCCGUAAUCAACGAGUGGGACUUGGACGAGAAGGCAAGGGCGUGCCGUAAUGCGGGGCUAAUGUACCUCGUGCUGGCGGUGGGCCUCUUUCUCCGCUCCGCGUACAAGCGGCGUCGCGACCGCGCGGUGGAGCUGGAGGAGGACGAGGUGGAAGCGGUGGACCUGCGGGAGCGCGUGCCGUUGUUGUACUCGACAGCACUUGAACUACAAGAGGCGACGCCGCAAGGCGGGGUCGUGCGUUUCAGUACCGGAUACGGCUCCAGCAGCACAAGCUAA